AUGGCUCCAAUGUACAUCCUUGCGCGUGAUAUUGAUGAUAGGAAGACUACUGCUGCCAUGAGAUUGCGCCUCAUACGUACCUACGAUAUUGUACAGAGCAGAUACAGUGACAAAGUGAGAUCGAGGGAAUGUGUAUUCCAUGAUGAAGAGGGUUCCUAUGUGCAUCUGAAUAUUCCUGGGAACAAUGUUUCUGCUGCUAACUCAUUCAUAGAAGGUCAUGUGUAUUGCCUAAAAAAUUUCCUGCCUUUUGACUCAAUCAAGAGUCUAGAAGGAAUUGAUCCAAAGGUUCUGAUUGAUGUCAUUGGUCGUGUGAUGCAUAUCUUCUCACCAUUGGAUAAGAUUAUCAAUGGGAGGCCUUCUAAACUCAUUGAUUUUGUAAUCGAGGAUUUAAAGGGCAUUCAACUGAAAUGUACUGUAUGGGAUCAGCAUGUGAAAAAGGCCAUGCCCUUUUGCCAAUAUGACUUAAAAGAACCAGUCAUUGUGCUUAUUCAAAUGUGUAGGGUUAAAGUGCCAGAAAAUAGUGGAGAAGUCAAAAUUUGUAGCUCCUAUGAUGCAACCCAACUGUUGUUUAACCAUGAAUGUGAUGAGUGUACUGAUUUCAGAGACAGACUAUGUAAUCAACCAACUCCUUUGAAGAUCAUCACCUCAAAUUCCAGCCUUAGUGGUUCAACUUACACUUUGGGUGAUCAAAGCAGUUCUAAUAUGGUAUUUAGUACCAUUUCUGAACUGUAUGAAAGAAGUGAGACUGGGGAAUAUUGGGUGCCAUGUAUUAUUCUGGAGCUAGAUUGUAAUUUCAUAGACUGGUAUUAUCUCUCUUGCAUUUCUGGUAGGUAUAAUAAAAAGGUUGAUCUAAAGGGUGGGAUGUAUGUCUGUGGUAAGUGUGGAACUCACUGUGAUAAACCUAAGUUAAGAUAUAAGAUAAAACUUAGAGUCUAUGAUGCCAAAGGUAGUGCACCAUUCUUACUUUGGGAUCGUGAGGCACUUGAGCUAUUGGGGGGCAUCACAGCUGAAGAGCUUAAGGCUAUGCAGCCAAAGGUUCCAACCAAAAUUCCUAAAGAGAUUGUAUCAUUGGUUGGUAGAGGAAUGCUAUUCAAGAUAAAUGUUGAGAGGGAUCGGUUAGAGAAACGCAACCUUGCUUUUCCAGUCAUGCAAAUCAAAGACGACAUUGUAGUGGUGAACGAGUAUUGUCCUGGAAUGUUGAAGGUUACUAAUCAGAAGCCAACUAAUUCCGUUGAGCAAUUGGAUGAUGACUUUGAUUCUGAUGAGGGCUUUUUUUCUGAUGAAGAGGCUGAAAAUCCUCUUCCAAAUUCAUUAACUCAAGUGUCUAAAGGUGGUGCCAAUGAUAGUGAAGCAGUUAAAAGGAGGCUUUUGGACGAGUUCUCAUCCACCCAGGUUUCAAAGAAGAAGACACACACUGUGCUUAUCAAGGUUGAAAAAGAUAGUGAAUUAGCAAUUGACCAAAACUCACAGAACACUGAGAUCUGA